CAACAGAGAUAACAUAGAUCGGUAUAUUAAAUAAAAAUGAAAAAUGCUAGUUUGGUUGAAAAAUUAAUAAUUUUUUCUGGGUAGCCGGCUGCCCACAUCAACCAAUAUUACCAAUUUGACAUUUUUCGUUGUAAAUAAUAAAGUGGAAAUAAUAAACAACCUAUACGCGCGUGAAAUUCAUUGACCUUUGUUUGGUGCUUUAAAAAGAUUUGAUAUAAUUUAUAGAAUAUGUCACUACAAUGAAUCAACAAUUUUGUCUAAAUUCUAUUCACUCGUUAAUUUUGUAGCAUACAAUUUCAUUUAGAUAAAAAUUUCAAUCGUGUCUUGAUCGAUACUUCCUGUUUGACAUGGUCACACCUCACUUGAGAUGACGCCGAUGGUGGCAAAAUGGAAAAGUUGCGAUUGCUGUUCAGUCCAAGUUAAAUCGACAAUUGGAAGACGAACGAAAAGUUUGUAGUCUGGUUACCCCCAUGAUCAGAACGAUAGCCUUCGCAUGAAUGAAAAUUUUAUUUUCUGGCAAUGCCGGUAUUCUAAAGCCAUAUGAUUGCUCUAAUUGUCCUCAAUAGAUUCCAAUGCAGUUACGGAUAGGAGGUUACAGGCGCUUAUGAAAAAUAACUCACCGCUCACGGAGCGUUUGUUCAUAUGUUAAGUGAAUCGAGCUGCUAAUGGGCAAGUUAGUUGUUACUGAUUAUAGUAUAUUUGCACAUAUAUUGGAUGUUUAUGCUAUUUACCGUAAUUCAAACUACAAUACUUUCAAAUUUACAACCCCAUCCUAUCACUUCAAUUUCAUUUAAUAACUGUUCCUAGUAAGAUUGAAAAACCAUUUACCUAUACUAUUUUGAACAACCAGGGAUUGAAUUAAAAAUGUCUAGCAGUUUUGUUGGCUUAUCGAAAUCAUUUGCAAUAUCUCCGCAGCAUUGGGUUUGUACAAGGAAAAUAUAACGUCAUUUCAUCUAUCGUUUCCUUACCAGUUCUAGUUGUGUCAAAAUGACAUGAAUGCAACAGUUUGCAUGGUCAUAAAAGUAAGCAGUGUCUUAAGCGUCAUAGCAAGCACUGACUGGGAUUCGCGAAGAAGGGAUUAAUGAACGAUUGUUUACCACUGAUUCAACUAAGAGGAAAGUUAACCUUGCCCUUUAAUUGUCUCUCUGUGUUGGAACAAAUUAUCCGUACUAGAAAGACAUGAUGUUAGUGAAUUCCGACUGAGUGAAGAUCCCACCCACACGUCAAUUUACGUGUUUACCAUUCAUUUGAAGACCACGAGAUGUCUCUCUUCGUUCUCAAUUCUCUCUGUGGAAAAUUGCAUGGGCAUGCAAGGCGAAAAGCAAGAGCAUGCUUUCCGUCUGGCCAUGGAACAGAUAAUAUCAAUAGUAUGAGUUCUCUAGUUAAACGAUAACAUGCUUUGAUACUAGAAGUAGUACAUCUAUGUUUAUUGUAUACAUGAUAGAACCGCUUUUGCAUUGUAUUUCCUUACCUAUCAGCAAACAGUCAUCGUAAUGUUAUUGCGAUUACAUGCACUGGAAGUGUUAUUCUGCACCCAUCUGGUCCGCAAGUGUUCUGAAUCUAAGUGUCGGCGCUACCGAUAACAAGAGAAGUGAAUUGCUUAACUAGUACAUUCGUAUCAUACAAUAUGAUGCGUUAAUAGUUGGCGAACAAAGAACUAUCAUGAUUAGGGCCAGCUAAUUGUGCAAAUGGCAAACGAUUAUCAGUGAAUAAAAAAAGACACCAGAAAUCGUAACAACGCAACUGUAAAUAAUUCUUCGUGUCUUACAAUGGUGAAAUUGCACUGUCCCAUCGGAAACUAUUCUAAGUCAGGACGUGUUCGUUCUACUAGUGUGAUAGCGAGUAUAUAAAUAAAUAGUGACCGUAGUGAAUGGUGAUAGCAAUAGGAAGAGGUCAACUGGCGACUAGUGAACUAGUAUAAUCAGUAUAGUCGCUCUGAUUAUCGGCAUCGCAAAAAAAGGGACACGACGACCAUUGUGAACCGAUUUCCAUUUGUUUUUUUUUCUUGCAUCAAUCACAGGGCGUUUUUCAACAUUAUCGCUGUUAUUUCUAUAUAGUGCUCAAAGAUUCGCAAUUACUUGCAAACACUAUGCAGUACGGCAAAUUAUGAACAGUGCGUCGAUCACACUCUGAAUCAUUUGUUUACGUUCUCAUUCCCUCAAGCGCAGAGGAAGUGCAUUAAUACAACAUAGAAUAACUUGCUGAUGUUUAGUUUUGCUCCAGAAGUGGCACCGGAAAGAACGAUUGUUUUCAGUUUCCACAUCGAGUGCGAUAGCUAAUAGUAUAAUUAAUUAGUAUAUUGCUGAAAGGCUUACCAGCUUCAUUACAGUGUGGUGAAAUAUUUCGGUGGAGAUUAAACUAGUUUGUUGCUUUUAUGGGUGGUGAAUCUGGAUUGCAACAACAUCUGAUAAACGAGAAGGUAUUUGACGACUCUGCAGUGUCAUCGAAUUUAUAGGGGUUCCGACGAUGCUUGCGGAGGUGGACGAGCUGCCCUCGGUGCAGCUGGGAGACUACACACUGAGGUUUGAGCUGGAAGAGUUAACACCCUUCGGCAAGGAGGUAGCAGAAAAUGAGCUUCGUGAAACGCCCGAAAUCAAAGCCAAAGCCAUCGCAGAAUUAAGAGAGCUACUGAAAGGGCAAGAUGACCUGGUGGUACCUCUGGACAAUGACGACUGGAUGGUUCGAUUCUUACGGCCCUGCAAGUUUUACCCGAAGAGUGCACUUGAACUGAUUCAACGGUACUACCAGUUUAAGGUUAAACAUUUUGACAUGUACCACGAUUUAAGUCCUUCGCGGGAGGUUAACAUAUUCAAGCAGAACAUCCUGGCAGUGUUUCCAAACCGGGAUCAACUAGGACGUCGAAUCCUGCUACUUGAACUCGGAAAACCAUGGAAACACAAAGAAGUCACGUUGGACGAGGUGUUCAAAGGAAGUGUGCUGUUCCUGGAAGCUGCCAUGCUGGAACCGGAAACACAAGUUCACGGCGCUGUCGUAAUCUUCGAUAUGGACGGUCUUACGAUGCAACAAGCCUGGCAGUUCACACCACCAUUCGCGAAACGCAUUGUUGACUGGUUACAGGACGCCGUUCCCCUUCGAAUCAAAGGAAUUCAUAUCAUUAACCAACCAAAGAUAUUCAACAUCGUGUUUGCCCUGUUCAAACCAAUUUUGCGCGAAAAACUGCGCACCCGUAUCGUGUUUCACGGAACUGAUCGGGGCUCACUGUACAAGCACAUAUCUAGGGAAUGCCUUCCGCCAUGUUACGGUGGAACAGUGAAUGCCCCUCGCGUUCAGGGUGAACAGUGGUAUGAAUUGUUACUCAAAUGUGAUGGUGAGUACACCGCAAUCAACAAAUAUGGUUACAAGAAACAACUGGAAGAGAUUAAGAAUAAGAAAAAUAAAAAGAAAUGAGUUCAGGAAGGCACCAUAAAUUAGCAAAAAUAUGACAAAUCGAUCUAUCGAUGACAAAAUAACGCAAAUGUGAUGAAAAACAGGCUAAGCAAAUUCACUAUAAAUUAUUUGAGAGAUAGCACUUAGAUUUAUUUCGAACAAUUAGACUAAGGAUAAAAUCUCCGAGCUCAAUCAUUCCUACAGUGAUUCUAAACAUUAUGUAUUGGUUCUUGAACUUUUAUAAAGAACACACGCGUAGCCAUAGAAGUUGUGAAUAAUAAACACUAAUUAUUAAUUAUUGUACCGUAUAACCGUUAAAAAAAUAUUUUUGAUUCAAAUGUUUACACAUCGACAUGAAGUAAUCGUGAAUAAAAGUUUUCAGUUUGCUUGUGACGAAAUGGACCGAACAUUUUUAUUUGAAGAAAUCUCUAAAUCGUUGAACCCAAAAAAAUGAAGCAAAUAAGUUAAAUGGGAUCUGGGUCGUAAUAAACAUCUGGUGAAAAUAGCAUCUAUUUAUCAAAACAUAAAGUUAGAAAAAUAAAAUGAAUUAUCUCAGUUCGAUCUUGUAGUUAUAAAAUGCUCGAAUAUUUAUGUUGUUUAUUUAAGAGUUUAUAUAUUAGAUAGCAAUAUUAGCACAAGAAUAAAAAUGAUAAAUGUUGUAUAAAUAGUUUAAUUGAGGGUAGGGUUAAAAUAAUGCGCCAUAUAUCAUCAAUAAAGAGGUAAAUUAUUAAAGUUGAA